AUGCCGCUCUCCACGCAGCCGCCCGCCAGCGGCGAACCGUACGUGCUGGCCGCCAGCCUGGACAACGCCCGCCACCUCUCCAGCCUCCUCAGGGCCGUCCACUUCCAGGACCACGCCACCUGCUUCGCCACGGCCAACGGUCUCAGGGUGACGGUGGAGGACGCCAAAUGCAUCCAGGCCAACGCCUUCAUCCAGGCAGAAAUUUUUCAGGAAUUUGCUGUUCAGGAGGAAUCUGUGACGUUCCGGAUCAACUUGUCUGUUCUUCUUGACUGCUUGACCAUUUUUGGUACCAGUUCUUUGCCAGGAACAGCAACAGCCCUUAGGAUGUGUUACCGUGGUUACGGUUAUCCCUUGAUGCUGUUCUUGGAAGAAGGAGGAGUAGUGACAGUGUGCAAAAUUAACACUCAAGAACCUGAUGAGUUGUUAGACUUUGAUUUCUGCAGUACAAAGGUUGUUAAUAAAAUCAUCCUGCAGUCGGAGGGGCUACGAGAAGCAUUUGCCGAACUGGAUAUGACCAGUGAAGUUCUGCAGAUUACCAUGUCUCCAGAUAAACCCUACUUCAGGUUAUCCACUUUUGGAAAUGCAGGAAGUGCACAUCUGGACUACCCUAGGGACUCUGAUUUGAUGGAAGCAUUCCACUGUAACCAGACCCAGACAAACAGGUACAAGAUUUCUUUGCUUAAACCGUCUACAAAGGCACUGGCUUUAUCUUGUAAAGUGUCCAUUCGAACAGACGCUCAAGGAUUUCUUUCACUGCAGUAUAUGAUUAGGAAUGAAGAUGGACAGGUCUGUUUUGUGGAAUACUAUUGUUGCCCUGAUGAGGAUAUUACUGAAGCAGAACUGUAGGUGUAUGUUUCGGUGUCUGUAUUAUAUUUAUGGAUAUAUAAAAUACUAUUUUUUUUUAUAAAACUGAAUGAAAGCUGUAAAGAUUGAUAGACUUGAUACUGUCUUUUUUUUUUUUAACUCUGGAAUUAGAAAUACGAAGAUUUCCGUUUUAUUCCCUUACAAACAUUUCUUAGCCGUGACUCAAAAAACUGAAGCUGAAAAAGCAAAAAGGGGAGCUGAUCUCCUACAGCUACUGAUUCCAGCACAGAUGUUAAAGUGGUGUUUGUGUAAUACAUUGCUGCUUUUUACAGUGUUCUCCAAGAAUUUUUGUUUGUGUUUUCUUUCUUGUCUUUGGCUUGUUCUAAGCAAUGACACAAGGGAAAAUCUGAAUACUAGCUGUAUGUUAGCCAGUUAACUUCCAAUGACUUAAAAAUCAAACCAAAUUUGUCUUGAAAGAGGAUGACUUUUUCAAACUGAUUUCUUAAUAGCAGCAAGUGGUUUCUUUCUGGCAAAUGCUGACAUGUUUUGCUGGUGAAGCGACUAGGCUCCUCCUCAUUUUGAUUAAUUCUUAGUAUAACGCAAUUCCUUGGAAUUUCAUCUGAUACCAAUUUAUCCUUUUGUCUUCAGUACUGGUGUUGAAUUGGUAAAUUAAGAUAGAAACCAGGAUUUACUUACUCAUUACUCGUAACUGUUCUGGCAAUGUUACUGUUUUGUAUCUAGUAAUUUAUUACACAUCUGCAAGAAUGCUGCAGCUGAAAUGUUUCUGUAAGUACAUGUCCCCGUUCCUACCUGCUACUCUACUAACGCGGUUAAGAAUCGUAAGAGAGAAAAGUUUUGUAUUUGAAAUUAUUUGUGAAAUUCAUUGACCUCCUCAAUAGCUUUUUUUCAGCAACAGGAGGGACUCCUAAUAAACUGAAGUAAAGGAA